AGGUUGUUCUUUAGUCUAUGGUUUGAUUGGGUGUUGAGGAAGGUGUUUGUUGAGUGUUGAUCAUAAGUACGGAGGUCGCGGAAUGCUGUUUAUUUAUUGUUAUUAAUUUAUAAUUUGUGCGUCUAACAAACAAUAUAACAUCAAGAUGGCGCCAAUGCGCGGCGAGCGGGGCGGAUCUCCAGCACGAGGCGCACGCGCAUCUCUGCCGCUUCCGCGCCGUUUGAUUCGCCAGAUCGCGCGGCAUGUAGCCUCCAGUGGCCGUUCGUUACGACGCCUAGAGGUGUCGGGCAGGGUCAUUGACAAUUUCGAUGACAUUGAGGAUGCAUCCGACGAGUCCGAUAUGGAACAACCACAACCUGCGGUGGCUUGCGGAGGCAACGCUGGCAACCUGCCGCCCGCUGACCACGACGACGACCUCACCAGUUUGAGCUGGCUGCAAGACAGGAAUUUACUUAGAGGAAUCAAUCUUACAAAAAGCGGAGUCGAUAUGGAAGACACGAAAAUGGUUGAUAACCAAAUUAUUGUCAAGAGGGAGAUAAAAACACCACCGCCUGUGGCGCGAGUCCCUUCACCCCCUCGCACCCCAUGCAAGGCGCCCCCCUCACCCCCGGCCAACACACACACGAAACCCCCCUAUUCCUUCUCGUGUCUCAUAUUUAUGGCCAUCGAGGCAGCUCCGGCGCGCGCCUUACCUGUGAAGGAGAUCUACGCGUGGAUCGUGCGCCACUUCCCCUACUUCAGACAUGCACCACAAGGCUGGAAGAACAGCGUCAGGCAUAAUCUAUCGCUUAACAAGUGCUUCCAUAAGGUGGCAGCUGCUCCUGGACUCGGUAAAGGUUCGCUUUGGACGGUAGAUCCACAGCAUCGCGCCUCGUUAUUACAGGCGUUUGGUAGACAACCAAUACCAGCAGUGGGCGAUGUGGUAGAGAACCCUGAGCCAGUGCAAGAGAACGGUACUCGAGUGUCAUUGCUGGCACGCCGCCUGGCCGACCCUGAGCCCGGCGCUGAUGAGUACCUUGCAGCCGCCACUGUACUCGCCAUGAAGUACGGACCUGCUGUACUCGACCAGUUGCCGCCGGCAGCGCACCUGGUGAUCUCCCGGUGCGCGCGCGACGAGCACUCGUACAGCGGCGGCGAGGAGCGCCGCACGGCCGAGGCGCUCCUUAACCUCGCCGGCGUACGCUCUGAGCCCGCGCCCAGCUAGCUCGCCCAUCUCGCGACCUGCUAGCUCGCCCGGCCGCCCGUUGACCUAGCUCGCCCGCCGCCUCGCGACUAGCUAGCUUCGGCAUCAGCUCCGCAGCCCUGCUGUCCCCGGUUCGUAUCCACGCACCACUGACAGUUACGCCCCCAAACUGCGGAUCACUGCUUCCCUUGUGUAUUCUCACGCAUUCAUCAUAUUCAGAUACAAACGUUGCGCCUGUAGGUUCAGUAAUAGAACUCAAUUAUGUCAAAUCAGACAAGAGUCACAAAAAAUAUGCAAAUGUGAUAAUUGCGCCAAAGUAUGUUUUGCGCAAACUGAUUUCUCUUUUGUGCAAUGGAUUCUAACAAAAAUACUUACGACCUCUUUUGAACUUUGAGUAUCCAUUACUGUUACCUACAUUUCGGGUGUUAUAAACAAACCACGCUACCAAUUUUACCCUUUUUAUUUAUUUCAAUAACUUUUUACAAUAAUUAUAUAGAAGGUAAAGUUAUUUUGCGACAAAGUGCAGCGCUUCUAAUUAUGUUUUGUUUAAUAUUUUUCAUAAGUAUCGAAUACUUUCAUUGUGCAAUUUGCAAUGCUUAUUUUGAGGGCACUAUCGUAAUUUGUUGGAUAAUAAUUCUAAAAUUAUAAUAAGUUAAUGUAUCAAUUGUAUUAAAUUAAAUUAAAAAUGUAAUUUCUCGGGGCAAAGCCCCUUAAAGUUCAGUGGUUUAUAUUGACAUACAUAUUAUUAUUAAUUCGUAGAACGAAGCAUUUGUUAAAAAUAAAACAUUUUGACAGUAUCUGAUUCUGUUGUCGCAAAUGAUAAAUAAAAUAGACAAGAAAGUUUACCAUUCUCUAGUCCAAUAAAGACAAUUCAUAUAAGCAAAUCUCGACGAGAUACACAAAUUUCUUUACUAUGUUUAAAUUAUAUUCAAUAGAUAUCGUGCUUAGGUAAAAUGGCUCACUUGCUGUAUAGUUAGUACCUAUGUUCUCAUUCAAUAUAUUUUCCAAGUGUAAAACAUCACAUUUAUCAUAAGACGAGUGUUGCGAACCAUGUCGCAUGUCGCUAGAAUAAUUACACUUUACCUAAUAGUAGAUACUUAACAGUGAUAGAUGUGAUACUACUGAUACUAUUUACUAUGAAAUAUUUUAUUUAAAAGAUGGAAAAUAGUUGAAUAGCAACUCCCUAUAUGCAUUUAGGUUUUCCCCAUUUACUAAUAGUCAAUCAAUCGUAAUAUAUUGUAAGAAUUAAUUAUUCUAUACAUUAUAAUUUUAAAGUAAUAUAGCGUUCCCGUAUUUCCGUCGAUCAAUUUUGAUUGUUUGCCGAAUGUUGCCAGAGUAUUGUAUGAGUUAACGUUUUAUAAAAAUUGCUUUUGUGCAUGAAGAAGGCGGAAGUGUGGCGCAUGAUAGAUUUUAAGUUAUAAUUACUGUUUGUUAUGUCAUCAUGUGUACCUGCACGUUCAGGCAGGACACAGUCGCCGGUAAGUAUAUUUAUUUAUAAAUUCCCUAUAUAAGUGAGCAAUAUAAAAAUGUAUAAUUCUAUAUAACACUCCUUGUGAUCUGAACAUACAAAUAUUGUAUACAGGGCGAUCAAAAUGUAUUUUAAUAUAUAAAAAUGUGUUACUCCCGAAAGUGAUAGCACAUGUAUAUAUUUACAUGAUAGCAGAUACAUGCAUUAGCCAUAAGCAAGCCGUAUUUUGUGUUCAUAUAAAAGGGAACUACUUCAUACAAUCGCCUACAGUGUUAACACGAAACUUAUUUAUCAUAUUGAUAAGGACUUAACUUUGUAUCUGUGCGUGAUUAGAUGAACAGUGUACUCAAAUAAUUUUACCGAAAUAUUUACUAGCUCGUAGACAGUUCCCGUUGUCUCGCAGUUAAGAAUUAGUGUGUAAUGGCAUUCGCCGCAGAUAUAGAGAAAUUUUAUUCAUUAUAGUAAUGUGUAACUAUUAAUUUUCGAUAUAUUGUAUAGAUGCUUCCUCUCUAGAGACUUGAUGAAUCACUACCGUAAAUAAAUCUCUAAUUAAUACCUACAAGACGAUGCAUUACAACUAGAUCCAAGUCAAUCUGAAUCAUCCUUGCAAACAGAUUGCACGUUACCAUUUUAGAACAAUUUUCAUUGUAAUGAAAUGUCAUAAAGUUAUGGAUGACGAAUGAGUGCUGCUAUUUACAUAGCCAAAACUAUAUCUAUUAUAUCUUGUAUUGGUGUGGCUAAAUUGCUAAUGUAUAAACUAUUGAUUAAGUAGAAUAUACUUGGUACAGGCCGGUUUCUCUCAAGUGCCUACUAAAAUGCUUCUAUUCUAUCGUUAGAGAAUUAUAACUGGAGUACGGAGUGUCGUUAGAGAGGACGAGUGCCGGAUUAAAUACCAUUGGAAUGCCUGUACAUACACUUUUACAUGACGAAGAAGGGACAGAAACAUGAAUGUUUACAUACUACUUAAUAUAACACCAAAAUAACUAGUGAUAAGUAGGCUGUGACAUACUUAGACUAAAAUAACGUGUGUUUAGUCCCAAUAGCAAAAACAAACAAAUAAUCCUUUCGAAAUGAGUAUUUAUCUGGCGCUCACGGCAAAGCCUUGGAAGAAUACACCAAAUAGAGUUAAUUGUGAUAAAACUUCAGUUUAGUUUAAAUGUCUCGUAAUAUUAGUCGGGUUUUUGGUAAAAUAAUAACUGUCCAAUUAUUUUCGUCGCCACAGUUUAUAAACAAUGUAUCGUCACGUAUAUUGUACUAAGGAAACAUAAUUUAUAUAUAAGCUAUGUAUAAUAAAGCAGAAAGACAAGUAAACUGUGGUGUCGGAACGUCUUAAGUUGUAUCUUAAGCUACUGUAUAUUUAUUUGAAUGGCUUGAUUAGUACAAUUUCAUUGGUGUUUCGUCGUGUUUACGCGUAGGAAGUACUAGACUGAUGCAAUGACUGAUUUGUGAUGAAGCAAUAUUAUUUAUUAGUGAAAUUGAUAUGUAUACUUUUUCGUUUCCCCGAACCUACGACUUUGUUUAUCGUGAGCGUAACGUUACGCGGUGUAACGGUUUAUUUUUGUUUUGUUUUAAAUGUAUGCCAAAUAGAUAUUUUCCACUAAAAUUAUCGAAUUCGCUAAUAAAUUUUGGUAUUAGUGAAAACAAAAAUGUUUAUGGAACAUGAUUUGGUACUUUUACAAGAAGUUUUGCGCGUGAAUUUAUAAUAUGACAGAAAUUAAGUAUAAAUAUUGACUCACAAAGUGCUUCUAAAUCGAUGGCGAAAUGCUCCGAAAUAUAUUUUCCAAUCCUUAUGAUUCGUUGACUUCCUCGUCACAUUGUUUUGUAGGCAAAUUAAUGGUCUAUGUGUGCCAAAUGUUUAUGAAAAUGAUAACAUUAUACCAUAUUGUAUCAAGCAAAUUCAAAUACCAGUAAUAUGAAUGUAUUUAUAUUGAUAAAAAUACUAUGUAACGCAUAGAUAGAUUAGGUCGUAAGUGAUAUUAUAGUAAUUAAUUUAAUUGCUAAAUAAUUAAAAUACAUACAUUUUUGCUGUAUUUAGGGGCGUCUUCCAUCUUACUCGUAUUGUUUUCUUUUUUAGAUUACUUCUGUUGGAGAGAAAAGUUGUCACGAUCGUUGUCAAGGCGACCAAAAGGUAGUAAAUAUUUGAUAUUGUACUUCCUCGAGGUCUGUAAGGAACAUCGAUGGACUGUUUUAAAAACUUGUCUUACAGCAUUGCAUUGAAAUGUACUGUGUAUAUGUAGCGAACAUUUGUGGGAACUUUUCUCUCUAGCCGUACACACUAGCCUUUCUUUCGGUGGUAUGUAGAUGAAAAUUUUACAGCAAUAAUUAGUAUCUAAUAGUAGUACUUUGCUGGUAGAUGCUACGUAUAUAAUUAUGUGUGAUAAAACGCGAUUUAUUUAUUAAUUGCUGUGUUUAAAUUAAAUUUUAUGAUCUUAAGCAACUUUCAAGCAAUAUGUUCACCUGUUAGGGUCACAGACCAACAAGCUUUUUUGAAAUAAUAGAAUGGUAUAUAUAAAUUUAUUUAAACAAACCAUUUGAGAGAUAGAAAUGUUAAAUCACAUUAAGUUGUUAAUGAUCAUAAAAUUCCUUUUAAAAGGUUAUAUCAAUAUGAUAUUAAAAUUGUUACGGCUCAUGUUCAAUGGUCAAAAAGAUUUUUUUAUCGAUUAAUUUAUUCUUAGGUUAAUUAGUGAUGCUGUUAUUAUUUGUUUGUAAAACGGAUUUUUAAAACAAAGUGUAUGUCUUUAUUUGAAUUAAGUGGUAUUUGUUUGGGAUUAUCGUUUUACGGACUAAGUUAUGACGUCACACCUGUAGAGGUCCGCAUGAUAUUAUGAAUAAUGUCACAUCGUGUCGGAUGUUAACUACUUAAUGGAUGUGUUUGAUGCGCCCUCUCAGCUGUGACGUCGCAACUCGCUGAAAGCUAGCCCUAUGUUGGUAUGUCCGAACUAUAUUUAAGUGUAAAAUUAAAUUAUUGUUGUUGUUGAUAUUUUGCCGGCUUUUGAACGACACCACUCUUUUAUUAAUAUUAUUGCUAUUGUUGAGAGUUAUUGCCAAAUUUUUAUUUGUCCUAAAAUCUUUUGUCUUUGUACAUAUCCAUUAAAUAAAUUAUGUACCGAGAA